CCUCCGCCGCGGCGGCGAUCUGAAAUCCCCUCGAAACGCUCGCAUUUCUCCACCUCCUCCGACCCAUCCCUUUCCGAUGGAAGCUCCGGUCAGGAAAUUGGCCUCCUCCUCCCUCCACCGCCGCCUCCUCCUCCUCCGCCACCCACCCAUGCAAGCCGUCCGCCUUCCGUCCCCAUUCCUCCUCCGCCGCCGCGCCGCCAUCGCCGGGCGGAGCCGCCCCUUCCCCGUCGCCUGCGCCCCUCCUCGGCCUCCCUCGCCGGGCUCGAGCUCCCUCAACCUCCUUCCUCUCUCUCCCCGCUCCACCGCCCCUCCAAUCCCAUCGCGCCCCCGAGCGCGAACGGCGCCCCGUCCACGAACGCGCGCGACGGCUCCUCCCUCGCCUGGAGCCGGGCUCCGGCGACCUCCGGCGGCGCGAGGGGCGGGGCCCGCGGCGACGGUGGCCCCGCCGUGACCGUGGUUCUGCUGGGCUGGCUCGGGGCGAGGCGGAAGCACCUGAGGAGGUACGUGGAGUGGUACAACUCCAAGGGGUUCCACGCGGUCACGUUCGUCGUCGGCGUCAGGGAGAUGCUGUCGCUCGAUUUGGGUCGCGGCGUCGAGGCCCGGAUCGACGAGCUGGCGAACGAGCUGAGCGCUUGGGUUUCGGAGAGGGAGGAGGACGGCAGGGAGCGUUGCUUGCUCUUCCACACCUUCAGCAACACCGGGUGGUUUGUAUACGGUGCGAUACUGGAGAGGAUGCGUGGUAGGCAGGAUUUGAUUGAGAAAAUCCAAGGCUGUAUUGUCGAUUCUGGAGCAGCCGAACCAUUUAAUCCAAAGGUUUGGGCUGCUGGAUUCUCCACUGCUCUGAUAAAAAAAAGCAACUCUUCAGUUGAGGGAAAAGAUACACAUAAAUUAAAUAACGAAGGAUCAAACAAACAAGAAGAUGAGGGCAUAGUUGAAACAGUGCUCCUUUCAGCUUUGGAAUGGUUCUUCUCCGCUGCUCUGAAGUUGCCUGAUGUGGAGAGGAGGCUUACAAAAAUCGUCUCUACCCUCUCAGAGGCGCAGCCAUCUUGUCCGCAACUCUACCUCUAUAGUACAGCCGAUAAUGUAAUACCAUAUGAAUCUGUGGAGUCGUUUAUGGAAACUCAGAGGAGGAUGGGAAGAAGAGUGUCAUCUUUCAACUUUGGAUCAUCUCCUCAUGUGGACCACUAUAGGACAUUUCCUGAUCUCUACAUGUCACAGCUCGAUAAUUUCAUCAAAGAAUGUCUUGCUACAGCUAAGAAGUGAAUACCUGCAAAUGAUGAUGAGACCUAUGACGUUGAUCGAUCUUCUCACUCUUCAUGCUGUUUAAUUAACCGUUUUAUCUUUGGUGCUUGUUCCAUUUCCGGUUAGUCAUUGUUCUUCACUUUAACAUACUGCAACUCACAAUGUUCUCUUGAGUAGCGAUAGUAGGGUACAAAGGACAAACUGGGUUUGACAAUCUGGAUAGGUUUCCUUAUCUUCUGUCCCCUGAUGACUUAGAUUAGUCUAAUGACAAUCUAGAAAUGUGUAAUGUGCAUUGAUGUUCCAGUUAAUCUUUUGACGUA